AUAUAGCCCCGGGUCUCAUCCGCAAGCCUGUGGUCGCCAGCGACACUAGCUAGCAUCGACCCUCCUCCCUUCCCAGCAGCCGAUCCUCCCCCUGCUGCUGCUGCUGCUGCUGCUGCAGCCAUGGCGGCCUCCACGGCGCUCUCCACCGCCGCCAACCCCACCCAGCUCUGCCGCCCCCGCGCUUCUCCCAAGCCGGUGAAGGGUCUGGGCCUCGGGAUGGGGCCGGAGCGCUUCUCCCAGCGGAGCAGCAUCACGUGCCAGGCGGCGAGCAGCAUCUCCGCCGACCGCGUCCCCGACAUGGAGAAGCGGAAGCUGAUGAACCUCCUCCUCCUGGGCGCCAUCUCGCUGCCCACCGUCGGCAUGGUCGUCCCCUACGGCUCCUUCUUCAUCCCCGCCGGGUCCGGCGGCGCCGGCGGCGGGACGUUCGCCAAGGACAAGCUGGGCAACGACAUCAAGUUGGAGGAGUGGCUCCAGACGCACGGCCCCAACGACCGCACCCUCGCGCAGGGGCUCAAGGGCGACCCGACGUACCUGGUGGUGGAGCAGGACAAGACGCUGGCCAGCUACGGCAUCAAUGCCGUGUGCACCCACCUCGGCUGCGUCGUGCCGUGGAACAGCGCCGAGAACAAGUUCAUCUGCCCCUGCCACGGCUCGCAGUACAACAACCAGGGCAAGGUCGUCCGUGGCCCGGCGCCCUUGUCGCUGGCCCUGGUGCACGUGGACGUCGACGACGGCAAGGUCCUCUUCGUCCCGUGGGUGGAGACCGACUUCAGGACCGGCGAGGACCCCUGGUGGAAGGCGUAAGCAGGGGCGCUCCGGCGGCGGCAGCGGCGGCGCUCACCGUCACUGGCCACUGGCCUUGCGUUGUUCCUGCUUUCCUUCUCAGAGGACGUUAUUGCUGGCUUCUUCCCUCCAGAUUAUAUAUGUACACAACACACUGUAUGAAACAAGAACACAUGCUUCUCAUCU